UGGCAACUCUACCAAUUAGAACUGACAAAAAUUGUGUAUAAACAACAAGCUCACGAAAGCCAAACACGGUCACAACAGCAACAAAAAUAAACUCAACUAAUCAUGUCCAUUUCUGAGGACAAGGUAUCACUAGAAAUAGCAGAACUACAGUCUUGCCGUGUUUGCAAUGUGCCAUCUAUACAAUCCUUUUCACUUUACAAGCCACAUAUCAUCGCCGGCGAACUAACAACGCUCGGUGCGUUGCUAAGCUAUUGCGCCAAUUUGCAGGUGCUCGAGGAGGAGCAAUUCCUGCCCACACACAUAUGUAAGACCUGCGUGGAAUUGCUCACACAAGUGUAUGAAUUCAAGCGUACUGCGCUGCGUACGGACCACGUGCUUAGAAAGCGCAAUGCAAGAUUAUCUAGAGUCGCCAUAUCUCGUUCUCCAUCACCAGCGAAUCUUGUGCAAUUGGAGCACGAUGAUGUCGAUGUUGAGGCUGAGGGAAAUGCUGUUAUAGAAUCAGCAGGUACUGAUGAAUAUGUUUACGUGCUAGAGGAAACGGAAUCGCCAGUGGACAGCGUCGCGUCCAAUCAUGAGGAUGACGAUCACGAACCUGUGCCAGAGGAAAUACUAGAAAGUGAAUUACACUUUGAAAGUGAUGAGCCCACUGUUGAGGUCUUUGAAGUAGACUACGAUUUGACCGAGGACUAUGAAAAUGAGCAGGCAUCGAAUAACAUACAAACCGACAUUGGGAUCAAGCUGCGUUCGCAGCAGCGCCGUAAGUCCCUCAAUCCUGCCCUCCAGUGUCCGAUUUGCGGCAAACAACUAAGCACCAGUAAUUCGUUCAAAUAUCACAUGCAAUUGCACGGCGAUAAUCGGCCAUUUGUUUGCAGCAUUUGCGGUGAUUCGUUUAAGACGCGAAAUGCCUAUGAUGGCCAUAUAACGCUACACAAUCCUAACAAUCCCAACAAGUGUACAUUUUGUGGCAAAAUCUAUAGGCAGGCAUCAUCGCUGCGAUCGCACCUCUACAGUCAUAGUGGCGUCAAGCCCUUCACUUGCGAUAUCUGCGGCAAGGGCUUGACACAAAAGUCAGGCUAUAAGAAGCAUAUGCUCACCCAUACGGGUGAAAAGCCGCAUAACUGCGAAACAUGUGGACGCAAUUUCCGCUACUCGAGCAACCUGAUAGCGCACAAGCGCUCCCAUACACGAAAAACUCCCACCAGCCCGAAGCUAACAGCAACAAGCAACAAAAACCCUUUGAGAGCGGCCCAAACGUGAACCCACUGAAACUUUGCUACCAACAGCGAAAAAACUACAAAUAAAAGAGCUAUUUAGCAUUUUAAACAUAACAAUUUAUAAUUGUCAUUAUUUAAGGAAACCUUUAAAAUACAUAUUCAUAAGAGAAACUUACUGUACAUAGAUCAGACAAUUACUGACAAAUGUAGUUUAAGUUUGUUAUUGA